AUGGCCCCGCGGCGCCUACUCUGCUGCGGCCUGGCGUCCGCGCUGGCCCCUGCGGCGGUGGUGCUCCGGCCGCCCCGCGGCGCGCGCACGGCGGGCAGCUACGUGCAGCUCGCGCCGGAGCCCGCGCUGGGCGCCGGCGGCUCCCGGGCCCUGCGCCUCCGCCUGCGCCCGCCGGCCAUGAGGUACGCCUCGGACCUGCCGCGGCAGCUGCACCUGCGCACCCUCGGGGCAGCGGCGACCCCGGGGGUGCUGCACGUGGAGCUGGACGCGGCCGCGGAGGCGCACGUGCGGCUCGGCCCGCCGCCGCCGGGGCUGCCCGGGGUCGUGCCGAGGCCGCUGCAGGUGGAGACAGACCCCGCCCAAGGCUCGGACGAUCAAGGCCUCCCGCUGCGAGGCGAUGCCCAUGCCGGCCCCCUCGAGGUCCACGCGUGGUCCCCGGCCGCGGCCGCCGCCGGCGAGCUGCUCCGGCGGUGGGCCGCGGCCUGGCCCGCGGCGGCGCCUCUGGCCGGCGGCGGCCGCGGGGGGGGCGCGGGGCCGCGCGGCCGCCGCCUCGUGCUGGCGGAGGCGGCCGAGGCCGGCGACCGCGAGUGGCUCGGCGAGGAGGGCUACGAGCUGUUUGUGGACGAGCGCGGGGAUGUCAACAUCGCUGCGGCCUUUGGGCCAGGCUUCUUGCGAGGAGCCGCAACGCUGCAGCAAGCGCUCGGCGUCGCCUACGCCGCUGGGCAGACGGUGUUUCCACCUCUGCGCAUACGUGACCGCCCUCGAUUUGGUUAUCGUGGCCUGAUGCUGGAUGUCGCCAGGCAUUUCUUCCCUGUGGAUUUCAUCAAGCGCACGCUGGACUGGAUGUAUUUGUAUAAGCUCAACGUCUUCCACUGGCACCUCACCGACGACGAAGGAUGGCGCUUCGAGGUGAAGGCCCUGCCCAACCUGACGGCGUUUGGAGCCUGGCGAGGGCUCGGAGAGGUGGUGGAGCCUCAGUACGGCAGCGGACCGCAGAGGUACGGCGGCUUCUACAGCCACGACGACGUCCGCGAGGUCGUCGGCUUUGCGUCCUCCCGCGGCAUCACCGUCGUGCCGGAGAUCGACGUGCCAGGCCACUGCUACGCCGCCAUCCGCGCGCUCCCGGGCCUGCUCGGGGAGGCCGCGCGCCGCGGCGGGCCGGCCAGCGUCCAGGGCUUCCGGGGCAACGUGCUGGACGCGGCGUCGCCCGCCACCUACGUGUUCCUGGAGGCGGUGCUCACGGAGGUGCUGGACGUGUUCCCAGCGCAGCUGGGCGUCCACAUCGGCAUGGACGAGGUCCCACCGGGCGCCUGGAGCGACGACCCCGCCGAGGAGGCGAGGCUUCUGGGAACUCUCGCGCGCUGGCUGCAGGAGUUCCUGCGGGAGCGCGGCCGGGCCCUGCUCGGCUGGGAGGAGGCCUUCCGCGGGGGCGCGGGCCCGGAACCUGGCCAGACGCCGAGGGCGGCGGCGUUCGCCUGGAAGGAGGACGAGCGUUUCGCGGCCCGGGCGGCGGGCGCGGGGUACGACGUGGUCCUCUGCCCCGCCCACUUCCUGUACCUGGACCUCGUGCAGGGCAUGGAGUUCGCAGACCGCGGCCUCUACUGGGCCGCGCCUGCGCUGCCCCUGGAGAGGGUGUACUCCUACGAGCCGCUGGAGCGGCUGCGGCGGCUGGGCCUCCCGGAAGGUGCGGAGGGGCGCUUGCGGGGGCUGCAGGCGAACCUGUGGGGAGAGACUGUCGACAGCCCGGAGCGCGCGGAGGAGAUGUUGUUUCCACGCCUACUCGCUGUGUCAGAGAUCGCUUGGUCUGACGCCUCACGGCGGGACUGGUCAGAUUUUCAGGGGCGUCUGGUGCCACAGCUGUCAUGGCUUGCCCGUGACGGUCAGGUCCGCUACGGGGGCGUGUCGUGCGGUUUGGUGACAGGCAACAGUUUCCUGCCCAUCCCAGAUUGCCUUGCCUCGCGGUCGACGUGA